CAUAGAAGUUGUUGACAACAACUUCCUGCGGCAAUAUACUCAGCCUCAGCAGUGGAGAGAGCUACGGAGUGUUGUUUUUUACUAAACCACGAAACUAAGGACCGACCAUAAAAUUGACAGGUUCCAGAGGUACUUUUUUUUUAAUCUAUUCUAGGGAUUGGGUUAUCAAGGAGGGUCAAUUAAUCUCUGUUGUGGGACGAUGACGGUUGGGUUAUCAAAGAGGGUCAAUUAAGUGAAUAAUUAGUGGACUAAUAAACUAGGGCUUUAUAUUUGAUAUGGAUGCGUGGAUAGCUUGCUGAGUUAGUGAAAAUGGUGGAAGGGAUGCAAAAUGGGAACUCGACAAUAGCUUGAUGAAAGAUUAAGAAUUUCCGAGUGAGUACAGUGGGGUAUAUGUUUAGGGCAUCGCUGUGAUUAAUAUCUAUCACAAUUUUGGACUUUUGUGCAUGGAAUGGGAACGUAUCUUUGGGGAUUAUGGAGAGAGGAAGCUGGUCUCUCUUUCAAGGAACAAAAUUGUUCUUUGUCAUCUCCGCAAGGUGGUUCUCGAAAAUGGAAGAUAUGUGGGCGGCACAAGCAAAAGAGUUGAAAGGGCAAAUGGAAUGGUGAUCCAAUAAGAGAAGGGGAGACAUGGGCAAUCUCCUAUAACACCGAUCGAGGAUCAUCGACUGAUAACUAAGGUGAGUGUAAAUGGGGUAAAUUCUAUGCACUACUGUAAUUCAGUUGUUGUGAUUGACUGUUAUAUGUCAUACUUGCCUUUGUGUGUUUAUAUGAUGCAUGUGAUUGCGUGUGAUUUAUGCUUCUAGUUAUACAUAUUAUAGUGCAUGCUUUAUUUACAAGUAAGUUGAAGUUUAAGAACACGUUUUCUUUUUAAGAAGUAACUCACAUUCAAGAAGGUGAAGUCGUUUUAAGUGUUUUUAGUCACUAGAGCCAGUUCGUUGCCGUUUGAGAUCUUUGAGGCAGAGCAGCAGUUAUGCUCUUGAGAUAUUUAAGUUGAGCAGCAGUUAUGCUCUUGAGAUUUUUAAGAUGAGCAGCAAUUAUGCUCUUGAGAAUCGUGGAAGAAGAGCCUUCCACGAUAAGUUUAAGUUUAAGGAAAGCCUGGAUGGCUUCUCAUACGUAUGAGUUGGCAACCGGACUAGCUAGUGAGGGAUCCCCGUGUCAGUCAAGAAUUUGAGUGGAGAUUUGAGCUUUAAGAGGACAUUUUUAAGAGUCAAGAUUUUUAAUAGUGGAAGUACAAAACAACUUCUACUAAGUUAAGUAAAGUGAUCAAGUAUUAAUAAGAUGUUAAACGUAAGGGCGUAGACUGACCCCAUCUCACUCACCAAUUUGAAGAGCUAGAGGAGGAGCUAGAGGAGCAGUUAGUGAGCAACGAGUUCGAGGACAGCCAGCUAGAAGAGGGCAGUAUAAGCGUCACAUAGGAUGCUUAGUCAAGGUUUCAGUAGCAACAACAUUGGAGAUUAUUAGUUAUUUACAAGUAUAGAUUAUUAGUUAUGAUUAUGAGUAUAGACUGGAGAUCUUUUUGAGAUUUUAAGUAUUGAGUUGCCCAUGUGUUAGGGCGUUGCUUUGAACUACAAGUGCGUGUUUUCAGUAUUUUAUUUAUGAAAAUUUUUCCCGCUACAAUUUAAGAUUUGAGUAUUUUAUUUAUCAAGGGCAUUUUAGUAAAAGUAGUACCCGACCGGGUUAGGGUGUUACAACCGAUAACCGUGAUUACCGGUACGGUUAUCGGUUAAACUGGUAACCUCAUAACCGCUUACAACCUCUAUUUGAAUUCCUCUCAGUUUUGCGCAUGUGACUGUGUGUUAGGGAGGGGAUCUCAGACUUUUUCAUAAAUAGCACUGUUUAAAAAAUUUUCCAAAAUUAGCACUCAGUCCCGAAAAUUUUCAAAAAUACCUUUUUCGAAAGUCGUAGGGUGGGGGCGCGGUUUUAGAUGAAAACCGCACGAGUAGGGGGCGAUUUUGCUGACCGCGUGGGGCCGGAGCGGUUCUGGUGCAAACCGCACCCCCAGGGGGCGGUUUGUAAAAAAAUAUUUCCAAAUAAUCACCAUAAGUGGUCUUGGCAUAACUGGUUCAGUUGUUUCUUUGUAUCCAAGAGGUCUUUGGUUUGAAACACCAUCAUCCCAUGUUAAAUCUUUUUAUAUAGUAGAGAUUAAAAAAAGCAACAUGUUGUGGGUGUGGUGGUUUGAACCCUGAUAAUAUAAAUAGUUUAACAAAUUUUAACAUAACAUCUUGAUUCUUGACCACCAAACUACAAAUCUUUUAUUGAGACAAUUACAUAUUGACAAAGUUUUAGUCUUUGAGCGCUAACAAUCUUCAAUAACUUUGAACAGCCAUAACUUUGUGCUCCAAAAUUCGAACGUCAUGAAUUUUUUUUCAUUUUGCAUAACUUUUGAAGGACUACAAUUUUUACUAGGAAAAAAUUUUCAAAACAGGAAUUAUUAUUGGAUAUAAAUGGUUUUGGGAAUAACGUUACCUUCCCUUUUCAGAAAACCAUUGGGUGGGGUGGCGGUUUUGGUCCAAACCGCCCCCACCCAGAGCGAUUUUCAGAACCGUCCCGUAACUGUGCGGUUUUCAUCAAAAACCGCGCCCCACCCUGCGGUUUCUUGUAAACCGCUGGUUUGGGUGGCGGUUUUUAGGAAAUGGUGCUAUUUUUGGAAUUUUUCGGGGUUGAGUGCUAUUUUUGGGGAAAAAAAUAAAUAGUGUUAUUUCUAGAAAAAUCUUGGGGGAUCUCAUUUCUUCUCUAUCCCUCAUCCCCAUAAUUCUAGAAAGAAAGCCUCAAAUCAUAUAUCAAUUAAAAAUUAAAAAAUCAUUGUCUUAUAAAAAAAAAUGUUAUUGUUCAAAGGAACUAACUAUUUUUUCGAUAAAAAAUUGAGCAUAUAUAUCCUUGUGUUUGCAGUAUUUUAUGGCAGUACCAGCAUUUUAUGAUGAUGUUCUUGAGGUGGUGUCUGACUGUCUGAUCCCGUAACCGCUUGCACUUUCCUUCAUAUUCGAGUUUACAUGCCAAUGUGGUAGCGAGACAGAAAUGAUUCUACUUCUACCCGUCAUCGUCGGAGGAGGAAGCCAUGAGGUUGAAUGGUUGAUCGACGACCAUUGAAUGAAAAACGCCGGACACACGUCAAACUUAUCAACACCGACGAAUUACCUAUUUCUUGUUCUCUCCAACUGAAACCAUGUAACUCCUGGCCGUUACAAAUGAGCAACUUCUGGCCCAUUAGGCUUUAACUCUCUUCUUUAAAGUGAACGCCCAGUUUCUAUUCACCAAGUUAAAUUUCGAAACACCUCGAUGAGUGGUGACAGAUCUCAACAUCCCACACCUGCCCUGCAUACCUAAGCUUGAUCACUCCCAUCAUGUCACCAGCUCUACCCAAGUAGCUCUUAAAGAACUUUUGUUUCAUUACAAACAAAUAGUAAACUUUCUAAAAGUAGCAUUUGAGUCGCAAAUACAUCAUAAAAUUUAUCCAAAACUUUUGCCACUGCCUUAACCCCUCUAACUGACCACUUAGUGAAAAUCAAAAGGUCAUUCGUAAACCACAAGUGUGUGAGAUCAAUCUUUUGACAUUGAGGGUGCAGGGGAAAGAACUUAGUUCCCACAACACGAUUUAGCAUGCCAGAUAACACUUUCAUGGAAAAUGGCGAAGAGGUACCCUGCCACAACCCUUUAUGCAAAAAGGUACAAAAAGACGAGUACUGGAAGAGGUGAUCAUUGAACGGAAAAAACAUGUUCUUAAAAAAAUUUCCCAAAAUAUGUAAGUUAUAAAAAAAAUUUCCAAAGUACACAUGUUUGGCAUUCACCAUUUUUGACAAACGCAGUGAAGACUAUCACCGUGUUUGACAAAGACGGUGAAUAUUUCACCCUUAAAAAAAAAACGGUGACGUAUUCACCGUUCUUCUCUAAAACGGUGAACAACGAGCGAGUCAAUCGCCAUUUUAGAGGCAAACGGUGAAUAGAUCACUGUUUUAAUGAAACGCGGUGUAUAUUAAACCGUUUCUUUAGGCCACGAUGAAGCGACGCGGAUAGCUGACGUGGACAAACGCGGUGUAUUCACCGCGUUAGACAAACACGGUGAAUACCCCAUGUUUGUUUGCGUCAGCGAUCCGCGUCGCUUUUCCUUUCACCGUGGCCGUCAGAUGCGGUGAGGCGCGGAUCGUGGUUUUCUUCCCAGAUCCGACGCCUCACAGCAAGCCACGUCACCCCUUUCACCGUCUUCGAUAAAGGCGGUGUAUUCACCGUGUUCGACGAAGACGGUGAAGCAUCCCCGAAUUUAUUCUCGGCAGAACCCUUCCCCCACUUACAAAUCACACCACAACAAUUACAAUUCUUUCUCCCUCAAUUUAUCCACUCUAGUCUCGUUCUAAGUAUGCUCUGUGGUUGCGGCUAAGUCUGAUCUUCCACAUCAGAAAGAAUUACUAGAGUUUGACCCUAAAGCCCCCGUCCCGCUAAGCUCCCGUCCCUUACAAACCCAAACCCGUCGAACCUCUGUCCGGCUUCUGCAAAAAAAAUGGACGAAGAGGCUCUUCGUGUAGGUUUUGGUUUUUUUUUGUGUUUUUUUUAAUCGAAACAAUUUGAUUUUGUGAUUUGUUUUUAUCAAAACAAUCUCUGAUUUCAUUACUUUUUUUAUAGAUGGGUGCCGAGAUAUACGAUCCUCGAUUGUAUAUUCAUUAUGGGCCAAGAGAUAUGAGACUCUUAACCGAUCAAGAAGCUCAUCGCUCCCGUGCUAUUUGGGAUAACAAUCCGGUAAUUUGAUGAUUUAUUUGCUUUAUUUUAUUAUUUUCUAAGGUGUUAUUUUGCUUUAUUUAAACUAACAAAUUGAUGUUUUUCCUAUUUUUUUGAAGGAAUCACUUAUUCCCGUCGUACAUAAAGGGACCACAAACUUGCCUGCUUGGCAUCCACGGUUGGCGCCCUAUAUAGAGAGGACCGGGUUGGGUAUGUUGCGCCAUUUCAUGCGGAUCAAAAUCGACAACGAUCUGCUUACGGCAAUGGCGGAGCGAUGGCGUCACGUUCCACCUUCCAGAGGGGGAAAUGACGAUCACCCUCAAAGACGUGGCGAUCCUCACCGGGCUGCCGAUUUCUGGAGAUGCCAUCAUUGGUUCCACUACCAAACCCGAAGAAGAUUGGGGGCCGCUCAUUCGUGAUCGUUUGGGCUUUGACAUACCAACCACUACUCCAAUUCAAGGACGGGGGCAUCCACCGUUGAAUGCGGGACAAGUGUCGGUCCCAUGGCUGAUAACUCACAUCCAAAAUGAGGUGUAAAUCAAUGACGAGACUCCGGAAGAUCAAGUGGAGCGCUAUGCACGCAUCUACCUCAUUGGUUUGGUGGGUGGAUUUCUGUUCCCCGACAAGUGGAUUUCUGUUCCCCGACAAGUCAAACUGGUGGAUUCAAGGCAUAUGGUUGCCAUUGCUCACUGGUGUGGGACGCAAGCGGGGAAAAGAGUUGGGGAUCGGCCGUGUUAGCUGGCCUAUACCGGGAGCUGUGCACUUGCUCGAAGGUGGGAGCAAAACAAGCUGGUUCUGCGAUGUUUAUCCUACAGCUGUGGGUAUGGGAGCAUCUUCCAAUAUUCGCACCUCUAGACCCACGUCCAUACCGGAGAGCCGAUGAUGAGCUAAACUUUCUGCAAAAUCCCCUACGGUGUCAAGUAAGUUUAUUCCAUACUUUGCCUAAUUUAAAAUUAUUCCAUGCUUAGCUAGAUUUAAAUUGAAUUUAUUCCGUACUUAGCCUAAUUUAAAAUUAUUCCAUGCUUAGCUAGAUUUAAAUUGAAUUUAUUCCGUACUUAGCCUAAUUUACAAUUAUUCCAUGCUUAGCUAGAUUUAAAUUGAAUUUAAUCCGUACUUAGCCUAAUUUAAAUUUAUUCCAUGCUUUUACUUACAAGGUUGAUAGGGGUCGAGGACGUCGUGGAGGACGAGGCGGAGGUCGAGAUGGGGGCCAAAAUGAGGGCAACCAAAUGAAGAGAACCAGUGAACUAUCCGUGCUUUCUUUGAUUAUUCUAGUGUUUUGUCAUUGUAGUGAACUAUCCGCGUUUAUUUGAAUUUUUUGGUCUUCUGAUUUGAGUUUGCAUUGUCGUUGAACUAUCCAUCUUAUGUUAGUCAACUUUCUAAUUGGACCACAUUCCAAAUUUAUUCCAAAUUCAUGACAAGGCAAACACAUGUUACAAUUAAAACAAGCUUACAAACGAAAAUGCUAAUUAAGAUAGAACACUUUUUCAAGGUUGGUCCUGAUUAAUAUCCGCACCAUGCCCGAUAGGUUGUCCUGGCCAACGCCUCUUGUCAUGGCCAGGUUGUCUACACUUGGAGAAUCGCUUCGGCCCCCGCCUCGUGCGCUCCACUUGAUCCAUAUCAUUGUGAAGGACGACCCUUGGUGCGUUUUAGGUGCAACGGUGGGAUAAUCAACUUCCUAGCGUAUAUAGGCCAAUACGCUUCAUCUGGCAUGGGACUCAAAGCUGCAUCAUAUGAGUUCCGUAUCGCUUGUUCAGUGUAGUAAGGACUCACCAGAGUGUUUAUUUUCAUGGUUAAUGACUUAGCUACUGUCAUUGCAUGUGAAUAGGGUAUCCUCUCGUUUUGAUAUUUUUGACAUGUACACUCCCUUGAUUCAUAGUGCAGAGUAACCGUAUGACGAUUGUGGCCACGUCUACCUCCACCCCAUACACCUUUUUCCACUGCAAAUAUCCCUUCACUACGAUCGAAAAGAACAACUUUAUGCUUACUUGAUUUUUCUUCGCUCUUCUGCAUUUGCUCAAAAAUGCCAUGUGCUAUCGGAUGACCAAAUAUCUCCCUCCCUAUCUCUAGAUGCAGCUGAGCCACCCGCCACUCAUUGACCUUCUAGUAUGACAUCUCCACUAUGACAGAAAUAGGCAUCGCUCGAAGGCCCUUGUACACAUUAUUUAUACUUUCUCCAUGGUUGGUAGUUGCAAUGCCCCAUCUGGCCCCGUUGUCCAUAUGGAACGUCCACAUGGCCAACUCUUGACCUUCAGCCCAUACUGCUCCAUCUCGGUGAGUCUGACGGAUCGUCUUCAUCUUCUGCUCGUACUUUUAUGGCUGAUGUGCAACCGCUGCAAGGUGAACAAUAUAAAAAUGGUCAAUACAUGAUAAACAACAAAUUAUUAAACACAUAGUUAACUCUCAUUAAAGGAUAUUAGUACCUGCAUGCCACAAUUGAUUUUUGAUGUCUUUCUUCUUUCCAAAUUUGUGUUGGAAAUUGGCGAGCCAGUGUCGAAUACACCAGCGCCAUGUCCAUCCCCACUCGUCAGGAAAACCACCUACGGCAUUCCUAAUCCCCACGUGUCGAUCAGAUAUAAUCGUAAUACCCUCCCGCUGUGUCACGUGUUCGUGUAGUUGGUCAAAGAACCAUGCCCAACUUAAGCUGUUCUCCCCUUCCACUAUUGCAAAUGCAAGCGGGAAAAUCUGCCUGUUUCCAUCAACGCCAAUGGCAAUGAGAAGAGUUCCUUUGUACUUCCCAGUAAGGAAGGUUCCAUCAACCUAAUUAAAUAUUAUGAAGUAA